AUGUCCGUUCAAGCCCGAGUUGUGCUGGCCGUCGCCCUCGUCCUCGUCGUCCUGGCCGUGUUCACCGAGCCCGUGUCCGCCGGCUACAGGAAACCCCCCUUCAAUGGGUCCAUCUUCGGCAAGCGCUCCGGUGGAGAUGCUGUCUACGAACCCAGCAAGGCCCUUGCCUCUGCCUGCCAGAUCGCUGUUGAGGCCUGCUCUGGCUGGUUCCCCGGACCCGAAAAGAAGUGA